UUAACGUUUUACUACAACACUAACAAAAAACCAGAAUUAAUCAAAAUAAGAAAAGUUUAUUAUAUGUUAAUGUAACUAAGAUUUUAAGAUAAAAUGGAAGUAGAAUACGACGACUCCGGCUGGCAAGGCCGCGCCAAAGGGCAGUCAAAUCCGGAGGAAAUGCUCGAGGAUAACCCGCAAAAGACGAUCCAGGAGUGUCUGGAGAAGUUCCUCACACCGGACUACAUUAUGGAGCCGGGCAUAUUCACACAGCUUAAGCGGUACUUCCAGUCUGGUGGAUCACCGGAGGAAGUUAUAUCAAUGCUGUCGGAAAACUACAAGGCGGUGGCACAAAUGGCUAACCUCCUUGCCGAGUGGCUAAUCCUGGCUGGUGUUAAGGUGACGGAGGUUCAAGCCAUGGUCGAGAAUCACCUUAAGGAGAUGAUAUUGAAGUCCUUUGAUCCCAAGAAGGCUGAUACCAUCUUUACGGAGGAGGGUGAAACGCCCGACUGGCUUACCGAGAUGAUUGACCACUAUACGUGGCGUUCGCUGAUCUACCGACUGGCCGAAGAGUAUCCCGACUGCCUUAUGCUUAACUUUACAAUCAAGUUGAUCUCCGAUGCUGGUUUCCAGAGUGAGAUCACUUCCAUCUCGACGGCUGCACAACAGAUCGAGGUCUUCUCGCGGGUUCUCAAAACAUCGAUUGUCAAAUUUCUAAAUAAUCCUGAUGAUGUACAUGGCGCUAUUCAGGAGUGCGCUCGCAUGGUCUGCCAUGGUCAACACACCUAUGUUUACUCCCAAGUGCUUAUCCAGGUCCUCAGCCAGGAGCAGAAGGGUGGAUUCAACAUGAAGCGCCUGUCACAGGAAAUCAUUAAAUACGCCCUGCAAAACAAUCAAAAUGUGACCCCUAUAACGAUGGCUCUAAAUGGUUCGGCGGUCUAUCCGCAGGCAUGUCAAGCCCUAACUUCCAUGCUAACCCGCAACACACUUAAUCCCGCCGAUAUUACGGUUCUGUUUCGCAAUUAUUCCGGAUCUGACCCGCCGCCCAUCGACUUGAUACGGAACCCACAGUUUUUGGAGCUUCUGGUGGAUGCCCUCUUCCGCUCCGGCGUUAAGAUUAAUCCCGAGCACAAGCCGAAGUAUAUGUUUCUUCUUGCCUACGCGUCCGCGGUUAUUGACCAGCCUGCCAAAAAGCGGCCCAUGACCGAGCGCAUGCUAAACAAGGAGGAGCUUAAAAGUACAAUUCAAGCUAUCGAAAAGGCGCAUACCAUCUGCAAUGUGGAUCAGGGAUCAACCGAAUUGAUUGCCGAGCUGCAAACGCUUUACAAUUGCAUCAAAUAUCCAGUUGUGGGAGUUGGUGUGAUUCGGUGGAUCGAAAACGUGGUAAUGGAGCCGUCCUACUUUAAACUCUCCACCGACAGCUGUCCCACGCAUUUGGCAGUUCUCGAUGAGGUGGCCGCCGUGCAUCCCACCCUGCAGCAGCAGAUACUAUUCCUGCUCAUCCGCCUUUUCGAGUCCAAGCAAGAUGAAUUGGAGAUUCUCGUACAACUGGAGAUGAAGAAAAUGAUCUUGGACCGGAUGGUUAACCUGCUAACACGUGGCUGCGUUGUACCCGUUCUGCGAUACAUUAAACAGUGUUGCGCCAUCGAGGAUACAGACAUUUCGCUGAUCAGGUAUUUCGUUACUGAGGUUCUGGAGACCAUAACACAUCCGUAUUCACCGGAGUUCGUACAACUUUUCCUGCCUAUGGUGGAGAACGAGGAAAUCACAGGAACGAUGCGCGGCGAGGGCGACAACGAUCCCGUGUCCGAAUUUAUUGUUCACUGUAAAGCACAUUAUACGACUGUAUAGAAAGGGGCAAUAGAGGGGUAUUUUUAGGGGCAAUUACCUUGAAACAGUCUAUAAAACUACCCAAUUUUCAAUCAAAUUUUUAUAUACAUUUUUUUAGCGUACUUCACUUUUUGUAAGAUUUAGCAACUUAAAAAUAUGCAAGUCUCUCCUUAACGAAAAGAUAAAAGAAUUAUACAAACAAAAGUUUAAUCAAUCGAUACCUUUAUCGCCUAAGAUCUAUCUUCAUUCUAAUUCUAAUUUCCUUGAGUUUUUGAUUGUCAUUUUUAUGCUACAAAGCUCAAUACAUUUAAUUUGUUAAACCGCUGCUUUAUAUUGAUUGUGAAUAAAAUUAUUAACGCUUCUACAGAA